AUGUUAGUCUCAUGGAACAAAAGAGGACUCAAUAAAGUAGGCAAAAUUCGUGAGAUUAGGUCCCAUCUCCAUGAGCUUAGGCAUACUAUCAUUAUCUUGAUCGAAACUAGAGUGAAAGAAACUAAAGCCAAGUCAAUUCGGGAGAAUAUUCAAAUUUAUGAUAAUUACAUGGACAACUACAAAGACCAUACUAAUGGAAGGAUCUGGAUUCAUUGGGAUAGCAAUAUAGUGGAUGUGAAGUUUGUGUAG